AUGUCGAUUGCCUUCGAGAUUCCAGGCAAGCGUAUCUUGUCUAGUGCUCAGUUGACUGCGUUUCAAUCAUCUGCUACUCACAACGACAUCACAUCGUACAUCGAGGUUCUGAACGCUUCUGUGGUGGGUGCGAGGCUUACCGACGCGUGCUCGGAAUCUCUAGGAAUAAACGCCCUCCUCCUCUUGUUGGAUCGAAUAGAGCAACUAGCUCAUGAGACUCCCCCGGUUGAGAACAAGUCAUCAAGAUUUGGCAACCCUGCUUUCAGGUCGUUCUACGACAAAGUUCAAGCUCUGGCACCGUCAUUGCAUGCUGACCUUCCCGGCCUGGAUCAAAACGCUACGCCCGAAUUAACUACCUAUUUCUCGCAGGCUUGGGGGAAUCGAGAGCGCAUUGACUAUGGGAGCGGUAUGGAACUGAAUUUUCUCUGCUGGCUGAUAUGCCUAGAUCGCCUGCAGGUUGUUACGGCAAGCGAUCACACCGCGCUUGUUACUCGUGUAUUUUGGAGAUAUAUUCAAAUCAUGCGCGUACUUCAAUCAACGUAUUGGCUAGAACCCGCUGGAUCUCAUGGCGUCUGGGGUCUCGACGAUUAUCAUUUUUUGCCUUUCCUCUUUGGUUCUGCACAGCUACGAGGACACAAAUUUGUAAGACCGAAGGCAAUACAUGAUCCAGAGAUCGUAGAUGAACUGUCGAAGGAUUAUAUGUACUUCUCUUGCAUAAAGUUCAUCAACUCCAUCAAGACGGCUUCACUUAGAUGGCACUCCCCAAUGUUGGAUGACAUAUCGGCAGUAAAAACUUGGGAAAAAGUUAACUCCGGAAUGAUCAAGAUGUAUCAGGCAGAAGUUUUAGGGAAGCUCCCUGUUAUUCAACAUUUCCUGUUCGGAUCUAUUCUUCCAUACGAAGGACCACCGCCUCCAUCUUUUGAUGAACCGCAUCACGGAGAUGGUCAUGUACACGAAGGAUGGGGUGAUUGUUGUGGUAUACCCGUACCCAGUGCAUUUGCGGCAGCCCAAAAGGAGCGAGAGCCGGGAAAGAGGAUCGAGGGUCCAGGCAUCCGUCCUGUGCCGUUUGAUUGA